GACAUGGAGGAUGGAGCCCUUGGAGUUGAAUGGCUUAUUGGCUGCAACCUCCUCAAGACCUGAACCUAUCUUGCAGCUGUUGGAGUUUGACCAAGGUUUUGAAAACCGGACUGGUCAUCAAACCGCUUAAGUCACUGAUUUUUGGUUUUUUGAUCCAACCGGUUCAACUUCGGCGAGGGGCAGUGACCAGAGAUUUGAAGAGAGCGACGGACGACGGGAAGCUGGCGACGGUCGACGGGGAGCUGGCGGCGAACACGACGGACGGACGACGGACGGACGACGGGGCGAACGGGAGGGCCUUCGAGCACGGCGAACCAGGAGGAAUGGCGAACGACCACGACGAAGCAGGCGGCGAUGGUGAGACCAACGGCGGAGCGAUGGAGGCUAGGAUUUUCAAGGAAGAACGGGAAAGAACUUUGAAAGAAGACCAGGGUUUUCAAGGAAGAAUGGCACUGAAAGCUUGGAAGGGGAGAGAGAGAGAGUGGUUUCUCAAUAUCAAAACAGUGUGUUUAGAGUACACUGGCCGGGUCCCGAUUAACUCUUCUUGGACCAAUCAAUACUUCCAAUAUUAAAUAUUAGUUUUGAAAAUAAAAUACCUAU